GUAAAAGGAAACCGUUUUGAAAAGGAACGUGUUUAAUCUGGAAUACCUAGAAGUGGCUAACGGUACCGAUUUAUCUUGCCAACUCACGAGUUAACUUACUAAUUGGCUAGGCUAAAGAGAACGGCAGUUUUUAAGAUAACGAGUCUACUGGAGGCGCCCGAGAUAAGCGUGUCCGAUUCAUCAUGAAGCUCUUCAGCCUUAGUGUCCUUCACAAAGCGACGAACAAAGCAAACCUGCUUAAAGCGGCCUAUGACUUGUCUUCCUUUAGUUUCUUCCAGAGAGCCAGCGUGCAGGAGUUCAUGACAUUCACGAGUGCGCUGAUUGUUGAACGCUCUUCACAUGGUAGCCGGUCUUCAGUCAAAGAGCAAGAGUAUCUGUGUCACGUGUACGUACGGAACGACUCUCUCAGUGCCGUAGUGAUCGCAGACAGCGAGUAUCCUCAACGGGUGUGCUUCAGUCUGCUGGAAAAGGUGCUGGACGAAUUCUCGAAGCAGGUAGACAGCAUAGACUGGCCAUCUGGAUCUCCAGACACUAUCCACUACACUGCUCUUGACAGCUACCUCGCUAAAUACCAGAAUCCUCGGGAGGCGGAUGCCCUGAGCAAAGUUCAGGCAGAGUUGGACGAAACCAAAAUCAUCCUGCACAACACAAUGGAAUCCCUGUUGGAACGAGGGGAAAAGUUGGAUGAUUUGGUGCAGAAGUCAGAUCAGUUGGGAAACACGUCCAAAGCCUUCUACAAGACGGCACGGAAACAGAACUCUUGCUGUGAGGUGAUGUGAUUGGUGGACCAGCCUGCCGGACCUGUCUGAUUGGCCCGCUACUCCCUUCCUGCACCCAAUGGUACUCAGCAAAGUGAAGGCCUCUCAACAACACCUUGGAGGACGCUGGUCAAACACUUUUAACUGGUCAAAAAAAAAAGUUGCUUUUAACGGUUGGAGUGGGCGGAUAUCCUGAAUUUGUCACGGCUGGUUUCAUCUCAAGUGCUAGGAAGCUGAUUUAAGUGAAUUGAUUCUUCAGAGUGUUCCCAGCUUUAAUGUAAUGCAUUUUUGUCUGUUUUGUCUGUUUUGUCUGACUUUUAGUCUCAUUCCUCAGUAGAUGUGUAAGAAAUUCAACAUAUUGGGCUGAAAUGCACAGCGCGCACUCCACUGAAGGCAGCCCGCCAUCUCCGGUGGCCGUGUGACUCGCACCUUGUACUUUUGUUUGUGCACACUAGAUGGCGCUGUGUCCUCACCUUGCUUUCCGGCUCGACGUACAUGUUUUUGAGGCAGGUUUCUCCGUUGUCAGCUCGCAGCCAUUUCAGUGAUUUUACUGUGACUUGAAUGAAACUGCCGUACACCACAAACUACUAGUAGUAACAGCACCAGUAUUAAAUGAACCGGGGGGGGGGGGGGGGGGGUGC